UUCGCUUGCAUAAUUAUGCCAACGUUUUGUUUAUAUAAUCAAUGUACAUUUAAGUCUCCAAACAAGCCCCUACAAACACAGCUAAAACCAGAUUUUGAUUUACAAAAACAACAACCAAAAGGUGACGCUAAAGACUUAACAGACGGAAACGUUCAGAAAUACCAUGAUUGGUUUGUAAUACCUUCUAUGGUGCGACCAGAUACAAGUAACAAAGCACAGUCGAACAGAGAAAAAUGGAAAAAAGGAAAUCUCGCGGAGAACAAUUCAAUGAAUGACAGUGGACAUCGAGAACAAAAAGACGUAAAACAACUACAACAAAGUCUGACCGAAUGUGGCCGUGAGCUGGAAAAAGAAAAGGCGGACAGAAGAAAAGCUAUUGAACGUUUCAAUGAUCUGAAAGAACAAUUUAAUAAAUUGCAGACAGACAAGAAUGAACUGCAGAUGAGAUUAAGCAAAAUUGCCGGAGACAAGCUAAGAGAUAACAAUCCUGCAAUAGCAGACCUUAGUGAUCCUAACAGACCAACAAAGAUCGGUGAAAUGUACAGCGAAGUGUACGACAAUGAAUGGACAGAUGCUUUUGAAGCUCUCAAUGAUGCAGGUUAUGAUGAAAGGGAAGCAGUUGAUACACUUCGUCUGACCCUUCUGAAUAUAAUUCAGUUCUGCAGCAAGAAAUCAGAGUCAUUGCUUGAAAGGACAGAAGAAGCUGUCAAUAUCUUGUUCGAAGAGUAUAAAGCAACUCAACAAAUGAAAAUUAAAAGACACUUGACAAUGCCUAAGAAAGCUUCAGAGCGAUGGGGCAAACUAGUUCGCGGACAAACUUUUGAUCUUGAUGAUAUAUCGCUUCAAAACAAAUGGAAACCAAAAGACCAAAGUGAUGCGAAGAAGAAUAAAUUGCAUAAAACAAUUGUUGAGCCAAACACAUCAGGGGAAGUCAUAGCAAACCAGUUGAAGAAAUUUAGAAAAGAAGUUUCUGUGUCUAUGGUGCCUCUUGUUGAAAAGGCAUAUAUAUCCGCCAGCUGGAAUGAAGAAUGUAUAAACGAUUUAAAACCGUUUAUCCGGAAAUGUCUACUGAUUGGGUGGAUGAUGGUUGUUCAAUCACCACCAAUGACCUUGGAAGAUCUAAAACCAAAUGAAGAGUUCAGAAAAGAAAUUUAUAAGUCGUACACAAAAAGUGGGUCAUAUAUUGAUUAUGUUGUUUGGCCGGCUUUACUUCUGAAUCAAGAUGGACCUGUUGUCGGAAAAGGCGUGGCUCAAGGAAAGAAAAAUAAUUAGCACGGUGUUUAAAAACUUUCAUCACUUGACUGGAAAAGUUUCCUUAUAUAUUUUUAUAGAUGAUACAUGAAUUUCCGUUAAAUGGAAUUAUUACAAAAUGCUUGCAGAAGUAUAUUUGAUGUUUGCUUUUCAGAUCUGUUUGCACUUUGACCAUUUUUAAAUUUAAAUUCAUAGCAUCUCUCUUGAAGGCAAAACAAACAAACUGUUAUAUUUAUUUGCUUGCAUGUGAACAUGGAUAUUCCUGUUCACAUCAUCAUUCAGGAGCCAAUAUUACUAUCAUUUAACUGUUUUAGAUAUACUUUCUUACAUCGUUCGAUGAUGAUAUUGUCCUAUUUCUUAUCGUGAAAUCUUGUUUUCAUGCAUGUUGUUAGACUGAAAGAUCAUUGAAAUCACCCUUUCCAAUGAAUAUGAUAAACAAGAUCAACAAGGAACUAUAAUGUUAUGCAACUCAUUUUUAUUACUGUAUCUUUUCAUAUUAAUAUAACAUUUAUUUAUCUUAUCUCGUCACAUUUUAAAACAGAGCAGGUAAAGAAAUAUUAAAAAAUGCCUACAAUGUGAAGUACCUCCAACACAAAAUACUUACCACUUGAUUCGAAAUGCUUGAGACAUAGUGAUUGAGUCAUAAUGCUUAAGCCAAAGUCCUUUAGUAAUUGAGACAUUAUGAUUUAAUACUUGAAUCAUCUUUAGUUAUUGAGACAUUAUGAUUCAAAACUUGAGUCAUUGUUCUUCAUAGUGCUUAAGUGCUUGAGUCAUUGUGUUUUAGUGCUUGAAUCAUAAUGCUUAAGUGCUUGAAUAAUUGUGAUUAAGUGCUUGAAUCAUAGUGUCAUAGUACUAAGUCUACACUCAUAUUCUUACAACAAUAUAGUCUUCCAAAGGUAUACCUAAGUAAAUUUAACAACCUAUGCUACAGAUAUGUAUCGAGUCAUAUAGCUAAAACAAUCUCACAUACGAUCAUGUUAAAUUACCAACGAAAGUUGCCAAUUAUUCAACAAAAUAUCUCAUUUCUAGCCUUAUUAACUUCUACCGGAUUAAUAUCAAACAACUCAACAUACUAGCCCACCUUAUCAAGUACUUGGUCGCUGAUAUAGUUGUCAUAUGCCAUGUAAAGUAGAAAUAAACAGGGAAAUAAAAGAGACGGACCGAAUUAUUUAUGUGAUAGGAACUUCUGGUUCAACCCUUUUUGUCAAAAAAUGUAUUUUUCUUAUUUCUGUUAUUUUAUAAUGUACAAUCCAUGUAAAAUAGAAAGGAAUAAACUAUGUGUUAACUUAAGUA